ACUGGGGUGGAGCGAGUCAGGGAGUGAGGCUGCAAGAUGGAGGAAGGCAGGGACCUGGGAGCCCUGACUAAGGUGGUCCAUCUACUGGUCUUGUCAGGGGCCUGGGGCAUGCAGAUGUGGGUGACCUUCGUCUCAGGCUUCCUGCUUUUCCGAGGCCUUCCCAGACAUACCUUUGGCCUCGUACAGAGCAAACUCUUCCCUUUAUACUUUCACAUCUCCAUGGGCUGUGCCUUCAUCAACCUCUGGAUCUUGGCUACACAGCAUACCUGGGCUCAGCUCACAUUCUGGGAGGCCAGCCAGCUCUGCCUGCGGCUCCUGUGCCUCACGCUGGCGGCCAUCAACGCCCGAUUGCUUGGGCCACGAACCACAGCUGCCAUGUGGGCCCUGCAGACCCUGGAGAAGGAGCGGGGCCUGGGCGGGGAGGUGCCAGGCAGCCGCCAGGGCCCCGACCCCUACGGCCAGCUGCGGGAGCGGGACCCCAAGUACAGUGCCCUCCGCCAGGUCUUCUUCCGCUACCAUGGCCUCUCCUCCAUUUGCAAUCUGGGCUGCCUCCUAAGCAACGGGCUCUGCCUCGCCGGCCUCGCCCUGAACCUCAGCCGCCUCUAGC